AUCACUUUUUUGGGGAAAUGCCCUCGACAAUUAUUAACUGGUCCUGAUGUGAACUGGGCUCCUCACUCUGCUUUGUCGUACAGGACUUUAAUUCCUGACAAAAUGUGUGUGAGAUAUCUUGGAUUUGUUCUUCUGGUUUGGUUUCCAGUGGUGCUGCAUGCACAAAGUGCAGCUCAGUCUUGUCGCGCUCCCCGUCUGAACGGUGGUUAUUUGGUCCCUGAAAAAGAAGCUUAUUUUCAUGGAAUGACGCUCAGUUAUGGCUGUGAUGAUGGACUGAAACCAGCAGUGGAGGGUUGGUGGGCAACGAGCACAUGUCAGAAUGGUUCAUGGUCCCAUGAGCCACAAUGUAUAGAUGAAAAAGCCUGCCUGCCACCACAUAUACCCAAUGCAAAAUACACAGCAAGCCAAAAUGGUUGGUAUAAGGAUGAACACAAAGUCAGAAUAACAUGUGAUGUUGGAUAUGAACCCAAGGACCGGCAAGUCACAACCAAGUGUAUAAAUGGAACAUGGUCCUCUGUGCCUGUCUGUGAGAAGAGCAGCGAUUCGUGUGGUGAGCCCCCUAAAGUCCCCCAUGCAGUCAUCAUUCAUCAGAGGCACCAGGAGGUGUAUCCUGUAGAUACAAAACUGCAGUAUGAAUGUGAAGAUGGAUAUAGUGUAGAGGGAGCAGACACCACAAAGUUGAUCUUUUGCUUUUCUGGAAACUGGACUGAAGGCCCAACGUGCAAGGCACACUGUACCUUAGAUCCUGCUCAGUAUGUUCGGUACUCUAUUCAAGUAUCUGGAGCUACAUAUCUAAAGGAAGGAGAGCAGAAGUAUUUUCCAUGUGUUUGGCGAGAUUACAGCAGCCAUUUUCAGUGCACUAAUGGAAGAAUAACUUUUACCAGAUGUUGUCAUACUUAUGACCGUCAGCGGGGAGUUUGCCGGUAAAGCACAGCAGAGGAAUCACUGCUGGACUGACAACUAAAGCUGAGUUGGAAAUUUCCUCCGUCCUCCAAAUUCCUCCACCAGAGAACAACUACACCCAAUUUUUUUCCUUUUUGUUUAAUUUUUUAUUGAAGAUUCAUACACACAAUUUUGGAGCUGAUUGUUCUCUGACAGUCAGCUUGUGUCUUUAUGACUGGAACUCCUUAUAGCAUGAUCAGUUCUCUGAAUAAAAAUAAAGUUUAUAUGACCUACAGUCAUCUGAAUAAAAUGUUCACUGUAGAAAUCUUAA